UGAAACUCACGUGCUCAACGACAGUGAAGGUCAUGCUUAUGACUUGCGGCCGAAGGGCUCUCGGAACUCCAUUGUUUUCAGCGACGGAGGUUAUAAUUACGAGUUGUUAGAAGACAUGGACACAUCUGAUGAUCUUCAGCAAGAGGAUUCUGAUAUCUGUAGAGAUGACGACGCUGAGUGGGUACAUACUAAAGAAAGGAAAAGGCGCCAUGAUAGGAAAAAGCAGUUUAAAAUUGAUAAUCAUCUUGAACUAGAGUCGAAUGUAAAUGAACAAGAAUUAGUGACCUCAAAAGAGGGAAUCUGCUGCUCUUGCAGUAAAUAUUCUUCAUGCAAGACAAUGAGAUGUGAAUGUCGAGCUGCAGAGGGUAGUUGUGGAUCAUCUUGUAGCUGUGAGCCCACAAAAUGCAGCAAUACAGAAUUUGUUGAAGCUUUUGGAAAAUUAUCAAUGACAACUGAAACUGAGAAAAGCCACGUUCUUGCUGCUGAAGGAGCAAAGUUACUUCAGAGUGCUCUAUCGGAGAAGCCUGUCAUCACAAAUGAUGGCGGGGCUGAAAGAAAGCCUUUAUCAGAUAUCAGGAACAACCUGGCAAAAUCAAACGCACCAAAACCGAAAAAGAGGAAAAAUUGGCGCAAGUCAGUUAUUCAACUCGUCCCUGCAACAUCAGAAGCUGAAGCCCCGGCAAAAUUAGAAAGCAAUAUUGAGGCAGAUAUUCCUUUGAAGUUACCAAGAGCAAUGCGCUCUGCUUUCCCAAAUAACAAUAAUCCUUUGAUAGAAAGGAAUUUGGAUCAGCCAAAUGACACAACAGCGCCUGUAACACCUCAUCAACAAGCAAGAAUCACAGAUGGUAAGGAAAACCAGGGACAUUAAGCUACUUAUUGUUCCUCGCGUCUGUCCUUCAUUCUUCCACAUGAUAUUUGUCGGCCGUUUAGUGUAAGGUGGUGGUUUAAAUAUAGAAAACUGAUUCUUGGUGUUGUUAAAGAUGUAUGAAUUUUCAUUCGUCUUA